GUCUUCGGUACCGGCGACCCGGGAGAGGAGGCAGCGAUAUUAUUGACUCCCACGUAUCUGGGACUCCGCACUCCACUGAGAACAUUUCCCUCCUUUGCAUCCCUGGAUGAGGUUGGGACCGUCAGCACCCAGCCAGCGCGCCAGGGCGGGGAAGGCCACAUGGAUGAUGACGAUGACGAACGGGAGAACUUUGAGAUCACCGACUGGGAUCUCCAGAAUGAAUUCAACCCCAACCGGCAGCGCCACUGGCAGACCAAGGAAGAGGCCACCUAUGGAGUGUGGGCAGAGCGAGAUUCAGAUGAAGAGAGGCCCAGCUUUGGAGGCAAACGGGCCCGAGACUACUCCGCCCCGGUGAACUUCAUCAGUGCGGGCCUCAAGAAAGGGGCAGCAGAGGAAGCAGAGCUGGAAGACUCCGAUGAUGAAGAGAAACCUGUUAAGCAGGAUGACUUUCCUAAGGAUUUCGGACCCAAGAAGUUGAAAACGGGUGGCAAUUUUAAGCCCAGCCAGAAAGGCUUUGCAGGAGGAACCAAGUCUUUCAUGGAUUUUGGUAGUUGGGAAAGACACACAAAAGGAAUUGGACAGAAGCUUCUUCAGAAGAUGGGCUACGUCCCUGGCAGGGGCCUCGGGAAGAACGCGCAAGGUGUGGCACCACUGCUCUGUAGUCUUGCAGGAGGGACACAGGGCUGAGCAAAGAACAAGUUUGGGGAGCGGCUUGCUUUCUCUCUUGUAAAAAUAACUCCACAGCCUGGUCUGCCAGCAGCGGACCGUUGUGCUCCCAACUACAUUGCUUUAUCAAACUCAGAUCAAAUACUUGUUUCAGCAGGAGAAAAAGGAUUAGGGACUAAAACAGGCUGUGGCAGGCUGAAGACAGGCUGAAGAGGGAC